AUUGACGAUCACUGGUGUGUCGUGACGUGGAAAGUGGUGCUUUGGGAGAAACGGUGACUUAAACGCCAAGUUUCGCGUUCAUGUAGCACGUGAUCCUUGAGAAGAACUGAAAGCUUUCAAGAAUUCUGAGCUUUCAAUACCUGUCGACUCACCGCUUCCGCGAUCAACAAGAGCCAUGUUCUCCAUGACGUCGACGUUCAACCUAAACGCGAGGUGUGCGGAAGAGUCAUCGACCAUGGACGUCUCGACUCGUCCGAGGCGAUCGGUCUCUCCGACCAUAUGGGCCAAUUUGACCCACUACGCGUACAGGAACCGCAGCUUCGAUCCCGGUCUGGACUUCGAGGAGAAACCGAUGGAGGCCUGCCACUCGCUGUACUUCCUCCUGGACUUCUUCCAUCAAUACUACAUCCCCUCGAUCAUCCUGCUGGGCCUGGUGGGCAACCUGCUGUCCUGCAUAGUCUUUCUGAACACCCACCUCAGGAUACGCAGCUCCAGCUACUAUCUUGCCGCCCUGGCCACCGCUGACUUUGGCUUCCUGAUCACUCUGCUGCUGGUCUGGCUGAACAACACUCUGGGUUGGAAGGUGUUCAACAAGGACGGCUGGUGCGAGACCUUGGUCUACGUGAGCGCCGUCUGCAGCUCCCUGAGUGUCUGGUUGAUCGUUGCUUUCACCGUGGAGAGAUUCAUAGCGAUCCAGUACCCGCUGCAUCGCCCCCACAUAUGCACCAUCGCCAGAGCAAAGGCGAUCGUGCUAGUACUGGUGAUCUUGGCACUGGCUAGCCACUCGUACUCCUUCGUCACAGCCGGGGUAGUUUUGAACAGAGAGGGCGAGGAGUACUGCGACCUCAAGGUCGAGUAUCUGGAGACCAUGAAGAUUAUCAGCAUCAUCGACAGCAUCGCUAGUCUAAUCGCCCCGUUGGUUCUGAUUAUCGUAAUGAACACCAUGAUCAUGAGGAAUCUUCUAAAGUUCAGCAGGCGGUUCAAGGAGACGUCUUCCUCGUCCACCGACUGGUCCAGCAGGGAAAGGUCUGACAUCAACUUGAAUCGAAUUCCGAGUGCCAGCAGCAGUAACAAUGGCGUAGGCGGCAUCAAUAUGGGACCAAUAGUCGGAGGUCGAAGGCCGCCCUCCCAGCAAUCUUUUCACUCGUCGAAGAACAACCAUUCCCAUCAUUCCCGACAGCAGACCAACUCUGCGCUACCUUCCACGCCGAGGAUCGCCUGCCAGCAGCCGGAAGUAGCGGCUCGCUGUAUACAUAUCAGGUCAUCAUCGAGGAAUCUCGUGUCGACGAGGAGUCAGCAGAGCAUCACAAAAAUGCUGCUUCUCAUAAGCACCGUCUUCAUUCUCCUUAAUUUACCAAGCUACGUGAUCCGACUAUGCGUGUUCUUCUUCAGCCUGGCCCGCAAGGACACCCCAGAUCUUCUGUGGUGCCUGCAGCAAUUCUUCAUGCUUCUCUACUACACCAACUUCAGCAUCAACUUUCUUCUGUACGCCAUGUGCGGCAUUACGUUCCGUCGCUGUCUGCAACAGCUGCUGCGUAAGGUGCUGAAGAGCAUGACCAGGUACCAUUGCAAUCCGCAGAGAUACAUAUAGAUGACAAGACGAUGCCGUGAACCAGACGUCUUGAAGAUGACAGAUUGCUCGACAAGGGAUCACGUUCGCGUAACACCGAAUUCGAUCGACGAAUCGAACGUCCCCUGGGAAACAUGACAUUCGAGGACAAUUGGUCCAACCUGUUCAUCGCGAAAUUUAACGUUGGUCAGUUUGAGAAUUGAAUGUAGGUCAAUUUCGACCUGUCCUCGAUAAAUACAAUUUUUAUGUACUUUGGAGGUGGGCUAUGCUGAUUCCUUGGGAGUUUCAGAUUUUCAAGUGGCAAUGGAAGCGAUGACGUUAGUUAAGCGAUGUAUUAGUAUUUAUUCUGAAUCUCCAAAACUUGGAAUAGGCACAGUUUACCUCUGAGGUAUCAAAGUAUGCAUGUUUUGAGAAAGGUAGCUUUUUCUGUAUUAUCGAUAGGUUCGAACAGAUGGGUAUGCAACGAAUGAGAGAAUUUAAUGCACGGUUGGUAAGUUGAAUGCGACUCGACUGAUCGUUCGAGGCCACUCUCGAUGGGCUUGAUACGAAAUUUAAUUUUGCUCUAAGUACGCGAAUAUAUGUUGAAUGAAAGCCGAGAUCAAUUGUAACGAUCCCACUAUAAUCGUGUUUGGCACCUUGAAACGGAGUACAGUUAUACAUAGUGGAACCAUAGAAUAUCGUUUCUUGCAUAGAUGAUCACUGGUACGUGUUUCUACAGUCGUUGAAAUUGGGGGAGCCACAGACGCUUUAACUUGUAUUUUGGAAGUCACUUGCUAAGGUACGAGACAAUGUACUGCGUAGAAUCUAUUUUACUAGCGGAGUAGCAUUCCUUUAAGUUCAACAAUGGGGUGAUUUAUUUCGCCAAAUAGCUUUGGGAAACGUGCCCCUUUCGACGCACUCAAUCUCUCGUUAUCGCACCGGUACAAAGGAAACCGUAGUCGCUAAUGCUCUGACUGAUUCAAAUCUGAUUUAAAUCCGAUCCGAAAGGACAGGCCUCCAAUCUAGGGCUAAGCGUACGCAAUAGCAAUUGAACGGAAGAUACCUCUUCGAGUAUCUGCUGGAUCUCUCACUGGAAAUGACGCAGUUUUCGAGAUUUAGCACGUCGCGGAGGCCGUUGCGAUGGUUUCCCGUUUCUUAUCGCGCCCGGAAGAUUCGCCUAAGCUCUUAUUGAAGCUGCUAAAUCAACCGUACGCGUUUCGGCUUCGAAUGCCUCGAAUUUUCUCGAGCGAAGUUUUCUUGGAAUAUUACGAGGGGAGAAAUCGUAUUUGCUCGAGUCGACAGGGUAAUUGCGUAUAAAUUGCAGAAUUAUUCGUUCUUUUCUUAUUUUCUUCGCGUGUAGGGUUGACUCCAUUUUUUUUUAUACGAGUCACCGUAAUAAAAUCAAUAUACCAAUGCUAUGUAUGCAUUAAUCUGAUCUUUAAUUUGUAGAGAUAUCGUUAAGAUUCUUGUUUUAGAAUAUUUUGCAAACAGUGAAGAAUGCUAAUUGAUAAUUAAACAAAUCUCAAGUAAGUUCUAUGCUUUCGUCUAAACGAAAACACUCGUUCGAAAUAACCAGCGCUCGCAAAAUUGUCUACUUGUAGCGAAGAGACACUUCUGGAGCGACACUAUCGACGAGGGUAAAUAGUUUUACACAUCUCCCACCCUCGUGUUUACGUUUCGUCGUUCCUCCAACAUCGUUGAGUUCAGUAAAUAGUGCAAACAAAAAGCAAUUAUCAAGGACGUCGUCAAACAACUUUUUAAUUGAAAUUCCAACAGCACUCUCGCCAGCGCGUGUAGCUUCCACUCGAAGUUGAUCGCUAUAGUCAAUCACGAUGAAAGUUCGUUUCGUGUACUUGACUACGCGAGGUGUUCCUUUCGACGCGACAGCGUUGGACAUUUUCUUUCCAUAGCGAAGGUAAUCGUCUUCUUUCUUGGUUCAUUGUGGGAAUUUCUGGAUAACUAAAC